GUGUUAAUAGCAGUACAAUAAAAGAUACAUUGCAACAACAUGAAUUAUGUUAUUAAACAGAAUACAAAUAGAAAAGAUUUUUUCUAAAAAUUGACCUAACUAAACUCUUGAAAGCACUGUAUGCGGAUGAAUCCAAAGGAAUGACUUACUCAACAAAUGUAAUAAUGGGUGGAAUUUCGGAGAGGGGAGACAGUUUGGGGACAUGCCAGAAGGGGGGGGGUGGAGUGGCUGUAUGUUAUCCCCUACAAAAGAGUUUCCAGUUUUAUAUUGCCAGUGUUUCCUCCAGACUUUUUUCUCCAGGGGGGGGGGGUGUUACGUCCCUUACAUGUCCCCUGCUUGUGUGUGUUGUGUGCUGGAACGACAGGUACCCUCCCUUUGGUGUAUAGUUGUAUCCCUUGGUUGAGUGUGUUUACAUGGAGCGAGAGGUGUUCACGUGAGGUGUGUCAGGUGACGGGUGUCAGAGCGUGUGCCAGUGUGUGAAUCAGUUAGUUGUGGUGUGGCUGUGGACGUGGAACGUGGAACGUGGUGUUGAGUAUUGUAUCUAUGUUGUAGACCCCUUUUUGAUCCUUUUAUUAUUUUAGUACUGUAUAUAUUAUUAAAUAUCUUAUUAUUAUUGUUAUUAUAGAGUGUUAGUGUUAUUGUUGUAUACGUCGUAUUUGUCUGUUGUUAUUUAUAUACCCCUAGAUUCUAGAACCCAACAUUUGGGGGCUCGUCCGUUUAGCAUGGCGACUACCAGGAGUGCCAGAAGACAGUUAAUAAGUGACUUGAAGGAGGAGGGAAAGCUAAUCGGGCUGACCGAUGACAGUUUGGCGGAGUGGGUAAAGGAAGAGUUGAGGAGGGUAGAAGAUGCGAAGGUCGAGGUUGUAGCAAAGGUAUGUAACCCUGUACCCCGCUUGAGGGACGUGGCGGCGAUGACGGUAGACGAGGACCUGGGUGCGUACGUGAGGCAUUUUGAGAGUCAAGCAAAGAGACAAGGCAUUGACCCCAAGGACUGGUCGCUCCUUCUGACGGACAAGAUGAGUGGACAACUGAAGACUUUCCUCGUUGAGACGGGACUGAACUUGCAUCAUGACUUCGAGUCAGUAAAGGUAAAGCUAUUCACGCACGCAGGUUUCAACGAGGAAAAGUAUAGGGUCAGAUUCCACCAGCUAGUACCAACACACGACGACAUGAGAAGCUUCGCAGUCAACACAGAAGCCGCUUUGAGAGCGUGGGUCCAGCAGUCGGGAACAAAGGAAACGUUUGAGGACUUGGUGAACCUCCUGAUUGUUGAUCGCAUAAAAUCGGUGGUCACAUGUGAUCUGUUGGAGAGGCUGAAUGGUGCUGCUAAGAAGCUGUGUAUUAUGAUUACGGGCUGGAGAUGAUUAAUGUAGUUAAAACGGCUAUCGAGAAAGGAACUAAGUUUGAUCGCCUUUAAGAAAAGAUUACCAUCUAUGGCGACGUACGCAUCUACCGAUGGGCCCUUGCUCUACAUGAAUUAGCCUGUACUGGGAAACAUAUCAAGGGAACUGAGAACUUUGUAGCAGACAUUCUAUCACGAGUGUUUUACGACAACUAGUUUAUAUGAUAUUGAGAAAUGUAUUAUUGUUGGAGUACAGUAUGAUUAUAUUAAGGAAUUUACUAUUGAGGCAUUAUGAUAUGAUUAUAUUGAGAAAUGUUUGAGAAAGGUAUUACUGAUGCAGUAUAGAAUGAUUAUGCAAAUCAAAUUUUUUUAUUGUGGCUUCUCACAUGUAUCUUCAUAGGUUGAGAUAGUCAGACCACGAGCUUGGUGCCCGGCCGGAGAAAACCAUAGUCCACACUCAGGACCGAAAUGUUAAAGCUGGAUGCGAGCCACACUCUGGACCGAACUGUCCAGGCUGGAUGCGAGCCACACUCUGGACCGAACUGUCCAGGCUGGAUACAAGCCAAACGCUGUCCCCACCGGUCAAAGCGAGGCGUCCUAAGGGCUGAAGAAUAAAUAGUCGAGCUCGGGCACCAACAGUGGCUAAUGGAACAAGAGAUGUUUGAUCUCUUUAAGGAAAAGAGAUCUGAAGGUGGAGGGGAGGGAUGUUACGUCCCUUACAUGUCCCCUGCUUGUGUGUGUGUGUGUGUGUUGUGUGCUGGAACGACAGGUACCCUCCCUUUGGUGUAUAGUUGUAUCCCUUGGUUGAGUGUGUUUACAUGGAGCGAGAGGUGUUCACGUGAGGUGUGUCAGGUGACGGGUGUCAGAGCGUGUGCCAGUGUGUGAA